GAUAUUGUUUUUGUUGAAUGAUUUACCAGGCAAUGACUUCAAUACAAUAUUCAGAUCACUGUCUUUGUAUGAGAAGAAGGUUAAAGAAGAGAAUGGGAAUCAAGUGCUGCCUUAUUUUGUUGCUGGUGUUCCUGGUUCCUUCUAUGGAAGACUCUUUCCUAGCAAUAGUCUUCAUUUUGCUCAUUCUUCUUAUAGUCUCAUGUGGCUCUCUCAGGUUCCUGUAGGAAUUGAUCAGAGUGGUGGAGUUAAUAUUAACAAAGGGAACAUAUACAUCUCAAAAACAAGUCCUCCAAUUAUAUCAAGUUUAUAUUUAGAGCAAUUCAAGAGAGAUUUCUCAAGCUUCCUCAAGCUUCGUUCUCAAGAGCUUGUCAAUGGAGGACAAAUGGUUUUGUCCUUUUUGGGCAGGAAAAGUUCAGAUCCAUCCAAAGCUGAAGUUUGCCAUCUUUGGGGUUUGGUAGCAGAUGCAUUAAACUCCAUGGUUCAAGAGGGAGUGUUGGAAGAAGAGAAGGUGAACACAUUCAACAUGCCAUUUUAUGCAGCAUCAAAAGAAGAAGUGCAACAAGUGAUACAAAGUGAAGGAUCAUUCUACAUUGAACAAAUGCAAACACUUGAGUCAAACUGGGACCCAUUUGAUGACUCAGAUGAUGAUCAAGCCUUUGAUAAUGUGAAGAGUGGACACAAUGUGGCCAAGUGUAUAAGAGCAGUGUUAGAACCAUUACUUGUUGGGCAUUUUGGACAAGAUGCCAUUGUUGCUCAAGUGUUUGAAAGGUAUGCUCACAAUGUGGCCAUGCAUCUCCUCAAAGAGAAAACCAAGCACAUUGUCUUCAUCUUGGCUUUGAAGACAAAGGAUCUCAACUUUUAAUCAAUUACUCUUGAAUCAAGCACAUCCAUUAGUGCUAUAAUUAUCAUUAUAAACAAAUAGCUUAUUGUAAUAGUAUAUAAUAGAAGCUUUGCUUGUUUGUACUGUGUCAUCAAGUAAUACCUAAUGUUUUAGAACCUGCCCGCGCAGGUUCAACUGGACCCGGCUAGGUCACUGAGCUGGGUUCUAUAAAAAUCUAAGUAGAGAAUUGACUUGAUUAAGUAUCUAAUGAACCAGUCGAAC